AUGCAUUCUUCAAGCAACAGAAAAACAAGAAGGGGGAGGAAAAAACACCAACCAAUGCGUUCCUUCACCAUUCCUCCGGCCGUGCUGCAGCUGUUCCUGCUACUCUCCGGCCUCUCUCCCGCCACCUCAUGCACCGAGCAGGAGAAGCACUUCUCCAGUUCCUCGCUGGGACGUCGGGAGAUGGCACCCUCGCCGCGUCGUGGAACCAUGAGACAGACUGCUGCGAGUGGGAAGGCAUCAUUUGCAAUGGAGAUGGGGCCGUCACUGAGAUCUCCCUGGCAUCUAAAGGACUUGAAGGGCGCAUCUCGCCAUCUCUCGCCGACCUCACAGGCUUGCAAUGGAGAUGGGGCCGUCACUGAGAUCUCCCUGGCAUCUAAAGGACUUGAAGGGCGCAUCUCACCAUCUCUCGCUGACCUCACAGGCUUGCUGCAUGUCAACCUUUCGCACAACUCCUUCUCCAGUGGCCUUCCGCUGGAGCUCAUGUCCUCCAGCAGCAUCAUCGCCCUUGACGUCAGCUUCAACCGGCUAAAUGGAAUGCUGCAAGAGCUGCCGUCUUCGAUCACCACAGACCGGCCUCUGCAGGUACUCAACGUCUCAAGCAACCAGUUCAGCUUAGAACUUCCAUCAGCCACAUGGAAAAUGAUGAAGAAUCUUAUCGCGUUCAACGCCAGCAAUAACGGCUUCACUAGGCACAUACCGUCUUCUCUUUGCCUUGGCUCGCCAUCUUUGGCUUUGCUUAACCUCUGUCACAACCAAUUGAGUGGUGGCAUUCCGAACACACUAGGUAAUUGCUCCAAGCUCAAAGUGCUCAAAGCUGGCAACAACCACCUAAGUGGGAUUCUCCCUGUUGAAAUCUUCCACGCUACCUCGCUGGAGUACCUCUCCAUCCCCAACAAUGGUUUGCAAGGAGAACUUGAUGGAGCACAAAUGGUCAAACUCAGUAAUCUAGCUACUCUUGACCUUGGAGAGAACCACAUCAGUGGCAACAUCCCAGAAUCGAUAGGUCAGCUCAGGAGGCUGGAGAAGCUCCAUUUGGGUAACAACAUGUCUGAGGAGCUGCCAUCAACUAUGGGCAACUGCACAGAUCUCAAAACCAUCGAUCUGAAGGUCAACAACUUCAGUGGAGAUCUAGGCGAGGUGAACUUCUCAACCCCGCAGAAUAUAAGAAGUUUAGAUCUCAUGAGGAAUCGUCUCGGUGGCAUAGUGCCAGAAAGCAUUUACUCAUGCAGCAUGUUGACUGCACUGCGGCUGUCAGGCAACCAUUUCCAUGGUGAGAUAUCACCAAGAAUAGGCAAUCUGAAGCAUCUGUCCUUCCUAUCACUUGGUAGUAACUCCUUUACAAAUAUCAUGAAAGCUUUGCAUGCCCUUAAAAGCUGCAGGAACAUCAGCAAAAAUAAGUAA